GAUGUCCAUUAUUUUAUCUCCGAAUAACGCAGCGUUGAAUAAGUAAGGCACAAAUGUGACCAGCUCGUAGAUAUUUAUGGCUGGUGCUGCGUAUAUUUACAUAUUCUGAACAAAUUCGCAACAUAAAUAAUACCAUGUCAAAACUACUUUUGCCAUCAAAUUCCUUAAAUUAUUUCGCCUUUAUUGUGAGUUUUUUGUUUACUUUGGCGGAGGGAUGGUGGCCCCAAGAGUAUCCUCGCAUCGGGUUGGCAAGAUGGUUAGAAAUGGACCAGGAAGACCACAACAUGGGUGGACAUUGGAGGACCGACUUUGAAAAUAUGACUUCAAAUUAUUUGUCCAUUUUAGACCAGGGUCAAACGUUCAUCGUUUCUCCGCAAAUUACUGGAUUAGGAUUUGAAUGCAAUGCGACGUAUCCUGUCCAAUGGGUUUCGUUUUAUCAGUCAGACUCGGACUACCCUUCAUUUUACACGAGGGUCCGAUAUUUCCGAACAAACCCGGACAUUUAUAACACCAGAAGUAACACCUUCAUUUCGUCCCUGGACUUGUACGGAGACCAAAGUGCCAUCAGUGGAAACUAUAGCUGUGUCAGUGUCGAGUUUCCGGAUGAUGUGAUCAAGAGCAUUUACGUGUACUGGCAAGGCAGUAAUCCGUCAAACCUUGUCUUGGGAGGAAAAGAAGUUGAACCUCAGUCUAAAGAUGGGCACUAUUUGAUCCUUCCAUGUCGCGUUUCCAGGCCUGAUGUCACCGUCAAUUUAUAUCGCGAAGUUAAUUCCGAAUGGGUCCUCGUGAAAAGCCCAUUUAUAAAAUUCAACCCCAAAAUUGGCUUCCGAGUAAAUCUCUACCAGUACAGUGGAGCAUAUGGCCGUUUUCGAUGUGCCGUUGGGGACGACGAAGAUGAGGCGUUGGUCAUGAGCGUCAAAAAAGGUAUUAAGGACCCCGAUGUCGACUUUAAUAACACGAUGGAUGGAAACGCCACUAUUAUAUUUAAUAAAACGUCGCAAGAAAUAAUUUGCUGCUCCAAUACUUCAAAAGCACCCAAGCUUCAUACGAUUUUUUGCGUGGAAAAUUUUUCAUGUCAACUUCGCCGUCAUCAAUUGCACACUAUCGUUAACAAUGGAAGACGCAACCGUAACCGGAGUUGCACAUCGGAACGGAUUUACACUAAGGAUUCGGGAAUGUUGCGCUGUUUGGGGGACGGGGUCGACCUGAUUCGCACAUUUUACUCAGAUUUGCCCACCAAGAAGAAUAAUUACACGGCUAAUUUAUACUUCAACUGGAACGAAAUAGCACCUGAGAAUAUGGUGGAAAUAUCUGCAACGACUCGAGGUUCAAUUUAUGAGCGUCAAAAUUUGACAAUAUCGUGCGACACGGCCUUCAAUUUUUUUGCGGAGGGGAUUCAAUGGGCUAUCCGGUGGAAAAAUCAGACCCUUCAAUUCUUCCCACCUCCGUCAAAUAACAAAGUUCCCGGAAUGUUGGAUGUUUACGAUACAAAUUCCGUGUCCUUUCAAAAUCUUCGGGUUAAAGCUGUCCGCGAGAUGACGGAGGUCAUUUGUUUCGUCCCCGUCUGGAAUGACACGCGAUGGGUUAACAAAUCCCUUCUUAUGGAUGUGCAAGAGACGCGACGCCCCCACUUUUUCCACCCGGAAAUGGAGGAAUUUCAGUGGAAAUUAAAUUCCACGGAGCAAAUUCUGGAAUGCAAAGUUAGUGGUUCGCCUCCUCCGGGAAUUAAAUGGAAGAAAAACAACAAGACGAUCAUCCAUGAAAACAAUAUAUCAUUCAAACGCUUAAAUGGAACCUCCACGCUGAUCAUCCAUCGCGUCUCGCACGAUGUCCAAGGCGACUACAGAUGCAUAGCUGCAAAUUUCGGGGGUUCGGACGAGAAGCGUUUUAUGGUUUAUGUCGAAGAACCAAGUUCCGGUCUUGGCGGCGUGGGAAUUACUCUUCUUGUCCUCACAAUUCUCACGCUCCUGACGGGUCUUGGAUUUCUCGCGUGGAAAAUGCAACUGCAGAAGAAAGUGAUUGAUCACUUGGCUGGUAUCGUGUUUCGAGAUGUUAACCAACCUCCGGGCAGUGAAAGCGGGGUCGGGGUCACCAUAAGUAAUGGAGUUUCUCAUAAUGCUGUCGGAAGCACGAGAGGGAACAGUGAUUUAAACCCUUUUCCUAGCAGUGUAGGUUAAUUUAGAUGCAAUAAAGUGUAUGAAAAUGAGUAUCAUUA